UUUACAACAAUAACUCCUACAAUAUGUUACGCCAAUCACUACUCCUAGUGGUGCUAACCAUAUGGACGUCGGGCACCGGUGUCUACGGCUGGACAGACGACGGUCAGGCGCGGACACCGCCCAUGGGUUGGCUGUCAUACACGGCGUUUGACACCGACGAAGACUGUCAGUCAUAUCCCGAUCAGUGUAUUCACGAAAACUUAUACAAACAAAUGGCCGACCGGUUAGUUAGCGACGGGUUUCACGCGUUGGGCUACGAGUAUAUCAAUAUCGACGACCGGUGGACAGAAGUGCAUAGAGACCCUCCGAUCAGUGUAUUCACGAAAACUUAUACAAACAAAUGGCCGACCGUUAGCGACGGGUUUCACGCGUUGGGCUACGAGUAUAUCAAUAUCGACGACCGGUGGACAGAAGUGCAUAGAGACCCGCAGACCAGACGACUGGUGCCAAAUAAACGCCGGUUUGCCUCAGGUAUUAAAGCUCUGGCCGAUUAUAUGCACGCGAAGGGACUUAAACUUGGUGCUUACGGUGAUAUUGGCAAUCUUACCUGUUCAGGAGUGUACCCUGGUCAAAACAAUCACUCGCCAGGGGGUCAGGAUUAUUUCGAUGUGGACGCCCAGACAUUGGCCGAAUGGGGAGUCGACUCAUUCAAAGUGGACGGUUGUUAUGAGGACGUGAAAAAAUACGAUACACUGUAUCCAAAAUUAGCGCAAGCUAUGAAUGCCACCGGUCAUAAAAUGUUGCUAGUAUGCGAGUGGCCAUUCUUUCAGUACGUGUUCGGCGGCAUUAAUCCGGACUACGAAGCCAUCGCCCGCGCAUGUCAUGCCUAUCGCAACUAUAAGGAUUCAAUGGACACAUGGGCUGGCGAUGGCGGCGUUGAGGGCAUUAUUAAAUACUACGGCGAUUAUAAUGACUUGUUUAUUAAGCAUAAUGGACCGGGACACUGGGCUGAUCCAGAUGAGCUGUCAAUCGGUAACCCGGGUCUGUCGUGGCAUCAAAGCCGUACCCAAAUGGCGAUGUGGUGCAUGUGGUCGUCGCCACUCAUUAUGUCCACCGAUUUGCGUACAUUAAAGCCUGAAUUUAAAGCAAUUUUGCAAAACAAGGCACUAAUCGCUGUGAAUCAGGACAAACAUGGUAUUAUGGCUAAGCGUACGUAUAAGGAUGCAUGGUCAGAAGUGUGGGUAAAACCGGUUGAGCCAGUGGUAAACAACGAGUGGUCGUACGUGGUCACUUACUUGAAUAGGCGGCCAAUGGGACACCCAAUGUGGCAAAAAGUUUCUGAAUUAAUACCGACGGCCAAACCGGAGACCAAAUACGAGGUUCACGACCUGUUUCUCGAUGAGGGCCGAGAAGUGUUGGCCACACUUACCAGAGAUGACACAUUGAAACUGUUGGUACAGACGUCCGGCGCUGUUAGGGUUAAAUCU